CCCUUCUUCUCCCCCUCCGCUUUCUUCAUCCACAGCUUAAUAACAAACCCAAAUCUCCAAUUGAUCUGUUUCAUUUUUCAGCAAAGCUAGAAAAACAAUGACUAAGGAUAUCGAGACUGCAGAGCAACAUGGAGGGGAGUUCUCGGCCAAGGACUACCAUGAUCCACCACCUGCUCCAUUGAUUGAUGCUGAAGAGUUAACCAAAUGGUCGUUUUACAGGGCAGUGAUUGCCGAGUUCAUUGCUACACUUCUCUUCCUGUAUGUCACUGUGUUGACCGUGAUUGGUUACAAGGUCCAAACCGACCCUGCUAAGAACACUGUUGACCCCGAUUGCGGUGGCGUUGGUAUUCUUGGUAUUGCUUGGGCUUUCGGUGGCAUGAUCUUUAUUCUUGUUUACUGCACCGCUGGUAUCUCUGGAGGGCAUAUCAACCCGGCUGUGACAUUCGGUUUGUUCGUGGGACGCAAGGUGUCACUCAUCCGAGCCCUGAUGUACAUGGUGGCUCAGUGCUUGGGUGCCAUAUGUGGGUGUGGAUUGGUCAAGGCUUUCCAGAAGACCUACUACAACAACUACGGGGGUGGUGCGAACGAGCUCCAACCAGGGUUCAACAAGGGCACUGGACUGGGUGCCGAGAUCAUUGGUACCUUUGUUCUUGUCUACACUGUCUUCGCCGCCACUGAUCCUAAGAGGAAUGCAAGAGAUUCCCAUGUUCCUGUGUUGGCACCACUCCCCAUUGGAUUCGCUGUGUUCAUGGUUCACCUUGCCACAAUUCCAGUCACUGGCACUGGUAUCAACCCUGCUAGGAGUUUUGGAGCUGCUGUCAUUUACAACAAAGAGAAGGCCUGGGAUGACCAAUGGAUCUUCUGGGUCGGACCCUUCAUUGGAGCUGCCGCAGCUGCAUUCUACCACCAAUACAUCCUCAGAGCCGCAGCCAUCAAGGCUCUUGGAUCUUUCAGGAGCAAUGCUUAAGUCCAGCUUUCAUUUUCUUACGAACUUCAACCAAAAAAGAAAUGGAGAACCUUGAGUUCAGUGUGGACCAUUGAAAUGUAAAUAAAUAUUUAUGAACAAGGGUGUCUUAUUUUCUUGCUUUCAAUGUAUUUUAUUUCGUACGUUUUUGUCAUCUUUGUUCAUCCUUAUCCUCUCUUCUUUUUUCUUCCGGUGGUGCUUUUCAUGUUAUUUUUUUAAUGCAUAAUUCUACAAGUAAAAUAUAUUGUUUGUUUUAGUGUCAA